GGCCAAAUCGACACCGCAACGGACGUUCAGCACUAUGACGAAAUUAUCAGCAAAGCAUGCGGUGGAGAGGACGACUCGGACUUCUCAUGGUCUGACCUACCAAAGAUGCCUGAAUCCGAAGGAGAGGAGCAGAUUGAAGAUGACAAAGUAGAUGAAGAUGGAGAUGACGAUCUAGAUGUGGAUGCAACCGACAAGCGCAUCACAGAACUCCAGGCUCACUGCGACACCCUCCGGCUCUUUGAACCAUGCGGCCAGCAGUUCCUUUAACUCCGAGACCGUUCAAUCCAGCGCCGCACCUCGGGAGGUUGUUACUGAACGGGUCAUGGCAGCUCUUGAGACUCAGAUUGCCGCGACCAACAAAGAGUAUAAAGCAGCCAGUGCGAAUCCGGCUGUGGCCGAGGCGCAACUUGCGCAGCGCACAGGUACACAAGAACCGUCUGAUACAGUCGCCGCAGACUCUCAGCCGACAAAGAAGAAGAAGCCAAACAAUCGUAGGAACAAGAAGAAGAAGAAGGCAGCUGAGAACGCCGAGACGGCCGAAGCUUCCAACAUCGGCGAUACCGCUGUGACUACUAAACUUUCAGAGCCAACCUCAAACAAGGCCACCGAGGAUUCGAUUGACAGCGAUGACCCGUUCUACGACCAGCUGAAGGGAAUCGAGGCCAUCAAGCGUGGCGACCAUGGACCUACCAAUGCACAGGAAACUGACUCGCAACGUCACGUUGAAGCCGCUAAAUCGAUUACGGAACCGCAGAUGAUGCGAACCAUGGAAGCUUAUUUCAAAGAGACGGGUCGUAAUCAUACCAAGGGCAGGAAGGUCUCAAAGGAAGAUCUUCGCUAGCUGGUUUCGUUUUGCUAAUAGCGUUCAUGGAGCGUUCUGCACUGCAUGCGAGGCCGCCCGCUGAUCUUUGUUUCCUAUCGAUCGCAUGUGAACCGA